CAGCCUCUAAGCCGCACUCUGCUCCUCUCUGUCUGCCGGCGGACACGGGACGCGUCCCAGGAGGAGAAUGCACGUCCAUACGAAGGGACGCUGAUAGACCCAUUCAAGCAACCGGAACACAGCUUGUGUCGAAGUAGUCAGGUUUUCUUUCAGGUGAUGCUUUGGUAAAAAAAAAAAGGGAGUAACGCAGAGAGGACGCAACUUAAGGUAAAACCAAAAAAAUGGCAGACAAGGACAGCGUGGAGAAAUACCUGGAGAACAACCCGCAGGUUGCCAAAGAGUACUUUGACAAGAAGCUGCGUGCCGAGGCCCUGACCGCGGCUUUCUCGGGGACUCUCGACAUCAAGGACACGGCCUCGUUUAAGGAUGUUAACUCGGUGCAGGAGGCCGCCAUCAUCUUCGAGCUGGUCCAGGAGCUGCACAAGCAGGCGUGCAUGGAGAAGAGCCUCCACAAGGUGCUGCAGAGGGUCACCCUCCUGCUGCAGGCCGACAGGGCCAGCUACUACGUCUGCCGCUCCAGGAACGGAAUCCCCGAGCUCUCCACCUCCCUCUUCGACGUGACCCCGACGUCCAAGUACGAGGCCAACCUGGUGAACCCGCAGAGCGAGAUCGUGAUCCCCACCGACAUGGGAAUAGUGGGCCACACGGCCACGUCCAAGAAGCCGCAAAAUGUUCCGGACAUCUCUAAGAAUUCAAAGUUCUGCGACUUUGUGGAUAAGCAGACUGGAUACAAGACCAAAUGCAUGCUGACCUUCCCCAUAAUGGCUGACAAAGAUUGUCUCGGAGUCAUGAUGGCACUUAACAAAAUAGGAGCUGAUGCGUUCACUCCAGAGGAUGAGAAGCUUUUCCAUAAAUACAUGACUUUUGCUCAAGUCAUCGCUCUGCAGUAUUACACAGCCUACAUGUUCAACGUGGAGUCCAGGAGGAGUCAGGUGCUGCUCUGGUCAGCCAGCAAAGUUUUUGAAGAGUUGACAGACAUCGAGAGACAGUUCCACAAAGCUCUCUACACUGUGAGGACCUAUCUGCAAUGUGAGCGCUAUUCAGUGGGGCUGUUGGACAUGACCAAAGAAAAGGAGUUUUAUGACGAGUGGCCUGUGAAACUAGGAGACGUGGAGCCAUAUAAAGGACCGAAAACACCAGACGGCAGGGAAAUCAACUUUUACAAGAUAAUUGACUACCUCCUAGAAGCCAAAGAAGAAAUCAAAGUCAUACCGGGUCCACCUGCAGAUCACUGGGCUCUGGUGAGCGGACUGCCAACCUACGUGGCAGAGAACGGCUUUAUCUGCAACAUGAUGAAUGUUGCUGCAGAUGAUUACUUCACUUUCCAGAAAGAGGCCGUGGAUGAGACGGGCUUCGUCAUCAAGAACGUCCUGUCGCUGCCCAUCGUCAACAAGAAGGAAGAAAUCGUGGGCGUCGCGACCUUCUACAACAGGAAGGAUGGCAAACCGUUUGACGAGCACGACGAGCAGAUCACCGAGGCCCUGACGCAGUUCCUGGGGUGGUCGGUGCUGAACUGCGACACCUACGACAGGCUGAACCGCAUGGAGUGGAGGAAAGACAUCGCCCAGGAGAUGCUGAUGUACCAGACCCAAUGCACCACGGACGAGAUGCAGUCCAUUCUGAACACCAAGGAGAAGUUCGAUGCUGACCCUGAGGACUGUGACCAGAAGGAGAUGUACAAACUGCUGAGGGCCAACUGCCCGCCAGCCGACAACGUGGACGGGGAGAAUCUGUACUCGUUCGGCUUCAGCGACUUCCCCGUCUCAGAGUUCGGCCUCAUUAAAGCUGGCAUUCGCAUAUUCUUUGAGCUUGGAGUUGUCGAAAAGUUUAAAGUUCCCGCAGAAACGCUGACCAGGUGGAUGUAUACUGUGAGGAAGGGGUACCGUUCCAUCACUUACCACAACUGGAGGCAUGGUUUCAAUGUAGGCCACACCAUGUUCUGCUUACUGCAGACAGGGAGACUGAGGAAGUACUACUCGGAUCUAGAUGCCUUCGCCAUGGUGGCUGCUGCUUUCUGCCACGAUAUCGACCACAGAGGAACAAACAACCUCUACCAGACAAAGAGUGCAUCUCCCCUGGCCAAACUUCAUGGCUCCUCCAUCAUGGAGAGACACCAUUUGGAGUACAGUAAGACCCUCAUGGGAGAGGAGAACCUGAACAUCUUCUGCAAUCUGCAGAAGCGUCAGUUUGAGACAGUGCAGCACUUGUUCGAUGUUUGCAUUAUUGCCACUGAUCUGGCCCUUUACUUCAAGAAGAGAACCAUGUUCCAGAACAUUGUGAAUGCCACAGAACCAAUGGCGGAAGAAAAGGAGGCCAUCAACUACAUUUCCAACAACCCCAUCAGGAAGGAAAUUAUCAUGGCCAUGAUGAUGACAGGCUGCGACUUGUCAGCCAUCACCAAACCCUGGGAGGUGCAGAGCAAGGUGGCUCUGAUGGUGGCGGCUGAGUUUUGGGAACAGGGCGAUUUGGAGAGAACCGUUUUGGAUCAGCAGCCAAUUCCCAUGAUGGACAGAAACUGCGCCGAACAGCUACCCAAGAUGCAAUGUGGUUUCAUCGACUUUGUGUGCUCAUUUGUUUACAAGGAGUUCUCCAGGUUCCACAAAGAGAUCCAGCCCAUGUUCGACGGCCUGAACAACAACAGGGCACACUGGAAUGAGCUGGCUGAGGUGUACAACGCAAAGAUGAAGGCCAUUGAAGAUGAAAAGAAGAAACUAGAAGAGGAGGAGGCCAAGAAAGCUGGUGGUGGUGCCGAAGUGGGAAAGUCGAAGACCUGCACCGUCUCUUAGGCUUCUGUGCUUCAUGGAUCUGGACUACCGCGGACUGUUUAGGACUGACAUAGACAUCUCUAGUCUUCUUCUGGUCUGAAAAGUCAUCCUGAAAGCCAUCUGUCUUUGGUGUUUGGCCUCCGCUGCGUCGGCUAGCUCUCUCGGCUCCCUCCGCUGAUGCUGCAUCUCCAGUCGUCUCCAGCUAGUCCAGAGUAGUUAGUUGCGGUCUAAGCUGCCGUCUGGAUCGCAUGAGCAGGUCUCCGAGAUGGGAGGAAAAAAAACAACCUUGAGCUGGAAGUAACGUUGGGACUCUGCACAGAAAAGACCUCAUUGACAAGACGCGUGUGAAACUUUUUCCUCCCUCUGCUUUGACAGCACCUGACCAAAGACAUAAAAAAAAAAAAACAUUGCAAAACUCGCCAUGUAAGAAAAUAACAUUUUUUGGCAUGUUUGAAAUCAUGUUUGUGAUUAAUCUAUAUUUUGUUUUUCCUGCUGAAAUGAAUACCUUUUAGUAUAGCCAGCUAAAAUAGGUCAUUGUUAAGCUUUGAAAGAAAAAAAAAAGGCAAUAGCAUUCAGUGUUCCUUUGGCAAUCAUAAGCACAACGUAUAAUAGUACUUUAAGCUGCACAAUGCACUUGACUGCUUUGGCAGCCAAACCUCAGAGAGAGAGAGAGAGAAGGCCAACAUGGAGGAUAAAGAUCUUUCUAAUGUAGUGUUGGGGACUUGUUACAAGCGUUUAGAAAGAAAUAUGAAUUUAUUCCCUUCAGCACAUAAAGUGGGAAAGUACAAACUGAUGGCUCUGCUCCUGCUAUAAAGACGACAGCACGGGGAGCUGUGGCGCCCAACCAAUUAGGGAAGAUCAUCUCUUUCCUCCAAAGGCACUAAUGAAUCAUCUUAAGGUAUAUUCGUUUUAAUAGGUUAUUCAUCUGUAUGCAUUCCGGAUAUUUUGGUGAUUUUGGUGACAGCUGUGUGAUGAUGCAGGACGGUUCGCCCUCGCGAAAAAUUCUCACACCAUUUUCUGCGCUUCUGGACUUUGUCGCGUCACAACCGCAAACGGUGUUUCAUGGGGAUUUUGAGAGCGGAACAGACAUGACGUAGGGCAUGAUUGCAAAAAACGAUGGAAAAUGAUGCGAGUAGAAAUCGAAUUUUUGGGGGCAUGUGUCUUUGCAGCUUUAGGCUUCUAGAAACUGAACUUUUUGCCCAAAGUCAGCAAUAUUGGAUGAAGAGCGUCUGUAAACAUCAAUCUAUCAAAAUUUGCCCCGGUUUCUGAAUUGGGUUUAGGUCCAAACUUUUACUGAUGAGACGUUAAAUCAUUCCAUUGUGGCUCUUUAAGGUGGUUGUCCUACUUGACCCAGUCUCACCGUUUGCAGCGACUUUCUUCCAGUCCUACCCGUGUAUUUAACAUUAUCCAUCUUCUUAUCAACUCUGACCAGCUUGUCCAUCCCUGUCAAAGAAAAUCCUCCCCACAGCAUGCUGCUCCCACUGCCGUGUGUCACACUGGGGACGUGAUGUCCAGAACUAUGUGCUUUUGGGGUUAUCCUCCACAUAUAGUUUUUUUUUUUUACCUCUGUAGGCCAAAAUGUUCACAUUUGGUCUCAUCUGGUACUUGGCUUGUGGAAAAGGACGUCUUAUGGCUUUCUCUUCCAUAAAGGCCAGAUUUGGGGAGAGCACAACUAAUAGUUGGCCUUUCAACAAUGUCUCCCACCUGAGCUUUAGAUCAUGACAGCUCCUCCAGAGUUACCAAGUUUAAAUUACUUGUAUGUGGACUGUUUUUACUAAUUAGGGGACUAAUUAGCAAAAACAGUUGAUCACACUGGUUUGAAGCAAAUUAUGUGCUGCGCUGUGUUAUUCUAUCAGGGAAACUAACUGAGUACGCAGAAGUUUGCGGCUGUGAGGUGACAAAAAUAUGACGAUGGGUGUGAAUUUUUCUACAGGUUGCUGUAUGUCAUUUACAACUUUAAGAUCAGCACUAAACUGAGGACUUUUGAACCGUCACCACAGUUUUUUUGUUUUAAUCAAACUUACAGUUCCACGCUGGAGCUCAUCUAUUCUCAUUCAAUCGUCUGUAUAUAACUUGCUGCAUAGGUCGAACUUUUGAAUGAUGUAAAUGUGAUUGCGAGGGAAGCAUAAAAAGCUGCAAGAGCACCUCCCGCUCCUCCCAAGAGUCAACCAGAUCAACAGAUCUGCAGCUCCUUUAAGAAGCUUUAACAGGAUUUGAUUGCCAGCCAGUGUUCGAGAUCCACACAGCUUUGGACUCCAAAUACCCGUCUUACAGGGGAGCGUUAUCGCAUGCAUGUGAAAAAGGACCUACGUUUGGGAAGAUCCAAACUAUCGGUUCAUUGAUUGUGUGACUGUCGGGGGCAAAGUCCUGCCCUUUUCUCGCUGACCGACUUCGUGUAAAUCAAUACGUCUCUUUGUAAACCGGCCUAUCUGGUCAGGCAUCUAAGGUCACGGUGCGACGUCAGCGCACCUCCUGUUCCACGAGGUGAAAAGCGAGCGUCUCGUUACGCAACGCCGUCUCCUCUAAUCAAUGAGGCAUCAAUCAGGGGUAUAUAAUCCCAUCAGCACGGCUUUGGGUCUGCGAGGAAACUCCUUGUUUUCUGCCUGGGGUGAAGUGGGGAGCUGUUAUAAUUACUGGAGUCCAAACUGCAGGGUUUCCACGGUUCCAACGUGAAUGCAUGCAUUUCACAAGAAUGCUCCAGCUCCGUCUCAUAGGGAUAAAGGGCUUCCCUGCUUUUUCUUGGAACCUUUUUGGAAGAUAUGGAAACAGGGGAAAAAAAGCACUGUAUACUACUUUCUACUUAUCCUAAUAAUUGUAAUUAUGACAAUAGAGUUCUCUCUUUAAAUGUAUAAAAUGAUCUCAAGUGUAUGUACAAGUCAUGAAAUGUAAUAUCUGUAAGCAAAUGUAGGAAGUCGUGGAGGUAUCAAAUAAAGAGUAAGUCAUUUCUCAUAAUGAAAA